AUGCCACCACGAAACAACCCCCUCCCAGCGGCCGUCCGCCUCUUCAACUGCACAAUCUGCGACAAAGGCUACCCACGGCAACUCGACUACGAAAACCACCUCCGCUCCUACGACCACAACCACCGCCAACGUCUCGCCGACAUGAAGAAACUGACUGCCUCCAACGAUACCGAGAGCAACAAGCCAAAGCAGGGGCUAGAGAUGCGGAGUAUAGAUGUGGAGAAUGCGAAUAAGAAGCCGGGGGUUGGGAGUCGGUUUACGAAGAUCGGGGGUGGUGGUGGUAAUGCUGCGGCGGGUGGUAGGUUUAAGAAGGUUGGGGUUGCGGUUGGUGGGAAAGAUGGGGUGGAGGAGAAGGCUGAGGUGGUGGUGGUUAAGACGGAGGAUGUGGCUGAGAAGAGUGUUGAAGUACCGGUUGCGGCUGCGAUGCCUGUUGCAGAGGCUGAGGUCAAGAAGGAAGAGGACACUGUCAUGGCGGAUGAUGCAAAGACAGACGAGAUAACAUGGGAGGAGUACGACUUCACGAAGCCAACUGGAUGCAAUCACGCGAGCUGUCCUGGAUGCAAGACAGAUGGCAUCUGGAGUGGUGGAUGGGUGUCUGUGGAUGCUGUUUGA